AUGAGCGUCACACGUCCGGCGCAUAGCCUCCUGGGCCGGUGUAUCGCCUCAAGUCGAACUCGAGCUGCCUCACCAUCGGCAGCAGCGUCGGUAGUGUCAUGCCAGCAGUUUCACAGCUCAGCAGCAGCACGAUCCAAACGGCGGUCACGGUUCCGAAAUGUCAAGGCCGAGGAAAUGGGGCUGCUAAACCCCUCUGUGCUGUCAAAAUACCGCCAGGAAAAGUUCCCCGAGUACACCAAGGAGGAGCUGGAGGUCCUGACGCAAAAGUACACCCCCGAGCAGCUGGAAGCUCUCAAGGCGGGAGAGGAAGCAAUCAACCCGGACGAUGUGAUCAUCCAGGGACGACUCCGCGACGACCCCUAUCGACCGACGUAUCUUGAAGACUACACGGUGCUGGAUCCGCGAUACGACGUGAAGCCCAAAGUGGACAUCACUCCCAAGGAGCCCGAGUGGCUGGACCAGAACGCAUGGGUGGACCGGUACGGGUCGAAAAUGAUACAAAUGACGGAUAAAAAGACUAGCGAUCAGCUCACGAGAGCCAUGGUCCGCGCCCUGAGAAGGGUAAAGGAGAGCAAUGGCGAGGAACUAAUAGACCUGACGGAGGAGGAGCUCAAGGACCUCGAGAACGACCCCGAGUUGCUCAAGAAGUACCUCAUUGAAGACGACGGACAACCGGAGCCAGAUGCCAAUGCCGAGGGGCCGGAUCUGCUGACGAGAGCGCAAGCCAUGAAGCUCGACGAAGCAGUGGACGCGGAAUGGGAAAGGGAACUGGACAAGCUGUCAUCCGUGACGGACCAGAGCGAAGUCGAGCCCACGAACCUGGAGCUCCUGGCCGAGGGUCCCGCCGGCGUCAACCGCGCCUACUCUGCUGAAGCCGCUGAGCUGGGCAAGGUGCCCGGCGUCGAAGGUCUCUACAAGUCUGCCGCCGACCCCGAAGACGAGGGCCAGGACGACGGCGGCCAUUACCAAGAGAUCAAGCGCCUCACAGGCAUGAAGCUCAGGGACAUCCAGUCCAUCUACCGCAAGGUCCUCGUCACGCGCUGGGUAUCAAACCAGACCCGUCUAGGCAAAGUCCGCAGCACAUCCGUCGUCGCCAUCGCCGGCAACGGCAACGGCCGUCUCGGCCUAGGCAUCGCCAAGUCCACGGAAGCAGGACUCGCAGCCGAAACAGCACAGCUCCUCGCCAUCCGCAACAUGAAGCCCAUCCGACGGUACGAGAACCGCACCAUUUUCGGCAACGCCAAAGCCAAGGUGUCUGGAACGGUAGUCGAGCUCUUUUCCCGACCACCAGGCUUUGGCCUCCGCUGCCCACACCGCAUCUUCGAAAUGUGCCGCGCCUCCGGCAUCCACGACAUCCACGCGCGCAUGCCCCGGUCCAAAAACCCCAUGAACUCCGUCAAAGCGGCGUACGAGGCGCUCACAAACCAGGCUGAUCCCGAGGAAAUUGCCAUUGGCAGAGGCAAGAAGAUGGUUGAUGUGCGCAAGGUGUAUUACGGAGGUGCUGUAUACUAG